GCCGACCCACGGGAGCUGGCGAAGAUCGCUGGAGGAGCCGUGGCGUCGCCAGAGGUUCUUCCUUCGCAGGCUUUGGAGGCAGAGCCGCGAUCAGCCCAAAGUGAUGAGGCUGACCAGGACACCGGGCCACAGGAGCUGAGGACUGCCGCAGAAGCUUCGAGCGACGCCAGGCCCAGGCCGCCGCCUGCACGGCCCGAAGCGGAAGAGCCGAGAAGAGUUUUGCCCCGGCCGGCAGCGGAGGAGUGUCGACGCUGUGGCACCAGCUUUCUCGGCGAAGCUGCCUUCUGCAGCAAUUGUGGACUGCGUCGCCCGGCACCGUCGCCACCAGACGUGCCGCCUCAAACCCAUCUAUGGACGCCUGGAGCAGACUUAUGCACCAGUCCGAGCAAAGAGCGCUUCUCCACACCUGCUGUGCAGCCAUCGACGCCUUCAUCCCGGAGGUCUGAUGCGUCUCGCGAGGACGGCAUUUCUUUGAGACAGAUUGUGGGCCAGCAGCAGCAGCAGCUGGGUCUACUUCAGUCGCAGCUGCAGAGCGUUCAGCAGCUUCUUACGCACUUGGUGGCGAAGGGAUCUUCGCCUCGGCUUCCUGACGAGCCUGUCAUCAAGGCUGAUGCUGCUGUUCAUGCGGCCAUGGACGAGGUGAAGGCGAAGGUCAGCGUUGCCCAUGCGCAAACCAGCCCGCGUGCCAUGAUCAGCACCGGGCUGCAAGCUUCAGCAAACAUGCAAGACGUUGCUGUGAACACUGUGCCUCCAAAGCCAGAGACCAGACCGAAAACAGAGCCGACGCCAUCGGUGCCCAUGCCGCUGCCAGCGAUGCGGGAUUCUGCAGAUACAGCUGGAGGUGCCAGCCCACGCUGUCUUCCGGAAGCUCUGGCACCGACAAUCCGGGGCCAGCUGGAACCGUCCUGGAACCCACAGAUGGUUGGCGUGCCGCGCAUCCUGUGUCCCUCCGAUCUUUCUUUGUUCGGCUCAGACGACGAUUGCGCGGACGGCGAGCUGUCCGAUGGUAGCAUCGAUCUGAUGUCCGGCGACUUCACACUGGAGCCUGUUCGCUGA